AUGGCCGAAAUGGUGCGCGGUAGUGUGCUCUUCCCAGGCACUGACCACAUCGACCAGUGGAACAAGGUGAUCGAGCAGCUGGGCACGCCCACUCAGGAGUUCCUCAUGAAGCUGAACCAGUCCGUGCGCACGUACGUUGAGAACCGGCCUCGCUACGCCGGCUACAGCUUCGAAAAGCUCUUCCCUGACGUCCUGUUCCCCGCAGACUCCGAACACAACAAACUCAAAGCGAGCCAGGCCCGGGACCUGCUGUCCAAGAUGCUGGUCAUAGAUGCUUCCAAACGGAUCUCAGUGGACGAGGCUCUGCAGCACCCCUACAUCAACGUGUGGUACGACCCAAGUGAAGUGGAAGCCGUGAGUACCUCCUUCACCUCCUUAACCGACUUCACCGACUUCACCGACUUUACAGACUUUACAGACUUCACCGACUUCACCUCCUUCACUGGCUCUACCUCCUUCACAGACUCUACCUCCUUCACUGGCUCUACCUCCUUCACGGACUCUACCUCCUUCACUGACUCUACCUCCUUCACUGACUCCACCUCCUUCACUGACUCUACCUCCUUCACUGACUCCACCUCCUUCACUGACUCUACCUCCUUCACUGACUCCACCUCCUUCACUGACUCUACCUCCUUCAGACUCUACCUCCUUCACUGA